CGCUGUUGGAUUGGUCGAUAAUUAUUAACAUUACCUAUCAUCAUUUCUGAUUGGCCCGUUUCUGGAGGAAAAAACAAAUUUUUCCUGCGCUAAUUUAAAAAAAAAAAAUCCUAAUGCAAGUGAUCUAGUCUAAGACGUAUCGUGUUUACAAGGAAGAGAGGGAUGCUCGCUGAGAAUCAUCAGUCUUAAAUUUGAGAACUAUGACCAUAAACGCUGCUCGUGAAUCAGCAGAAGACAAGAGACAUCUGCUCUAACGUGUCGUGAGAUUUUUUUUUUAGCAAUAUAUUUAGUUAUACGCCAGAGAAUAUACGUAAGAGAAAAUACGUUCGGAAAUAACGUCAUUUCUGCGGUAAAAAAAAUUAACGAAAAAAAACCCCACGUUUAAUGACAUUAUUAUUAGAACAGGGAUUUUUUUAUAAAAAGUGUAAAGAAAUCCAGGUUUCGCUUUGAGAGGCAAUUUGUAAUCCAGGGAAUUAAUGGCAUUUUUGCGACACAGACACCUGUUGGGCUGACUCUACCAAGUCUGCUGUACGCGUAGGCGGCGUCACAUUUACCGUCGGCCAUGGAUUGGAGGCACCCCAACGCCAAAGCUCUCUUUAUGGUGGAGAAGAACAAGCCGUCAGAGGAGCCGGGCGAACACAAGAGGUGGGUGCUGGCUGGCCACGGCCACGGGGCAGAUACACCAGCCAGGGGACGUCAGAGCUGAUCACGUGAAUAAACACCAGGCCCAGUCGCCUGUAUUUGUUUAUUAUAUGACACUUAAGUUGAUAAUAUUCAGUGAAGUACUUCAUUUAUCAUGGUAUUUACCACAGUACUUCAUUUACCAAAAUAUUUAACACGGCACACGGUACUUCAUUUAUCAUGGUAUUUAUCACAGUAUUUAAUUUACCAUGGUAUAGUGGGAGGGGGAGAGACUGCAUUCUGGUUGCCAACAUAGGAAAUAAGUAAAACAAAGUAAGAUUAAACCCGAAAAAGGAACGCAACAAAUCAACCAACGUGUCGGCAGGAAGUCUUCGUUAGCGAACAAACUACAUAAAAAAACAGAAUAAAAUAUUUAAAAAUGUAUAUAAAUAUAGCACUUAACUGGGAAGUAGUGUCCGAGAGGGCAGCAAAAGAAUUGUGACAGAAAAUAAGUGGGUGAGGAUUAAAUAGGGAAGAGGGAAAGAAAAGAGGAGAAGUCUGUCCACUGUGACGUGGAGGGGUGGGGGCUAGGCUUAAGCUGUGAUCAGAGACACGACGUUCAUGCCAUGCGGUGUCAAGGUGCCACAUGUCAGGAUAAGCUUAGGUCACACAUUCACCCGACUGGGUGUGUUCACGCUAGAAACGGUCGCAUUAAUUGUGAAGCCCGCCUUGCCCUGUUGUUUUGUUGCGUUUCCUUUUUCACGUUUAGCCUUACUUUGUUCUACUCAUUUCCUAUUCAUUCACCAAUUGUUUUUAAACGACAAAGCACCACGUCAUCUCACUGUAAUGUAACGAUGCUGCUGGGUGUCUUCCACGGCUUGACGUGUAAAUAGUUUUCAAUAUACAUUUGUUUUGUUUUAUUUAAUUAAUGGACGUUAAUUAAUUUCUAAGUUCAUGAUUAUGUUUGGUAAAAUGUAUGUACAGCGUGGUGAGCCCAGCCCUAGUCUGUGGAACCACGCUAUAUGAGACCACUUAUAAUAAUCAUAAUAAUAAUAAUAAUAACAUUAUUAAUAAAAUGGUGUAGCACUAAGACAUCCAAUGACAAUGUAACACGACAUUUACUGAGAACUCCGCCACGACUUUUAAACACAAUUUACCCAGGCACCCAAAGACAAAGAACGGCGACAUUUAACACCAAACUCUUUUUUAAGUUUCACCCCUGACUUCAACACAUUUUAAACACAUUUUAAACACUUUUACGUCUUAUAUCAAAAGUCUUUAUUUGACUUAUGAUUAUGAUUUUUACUCAUUGUAGUGUCUCUAUCCCCCCCCCCUUUUUUCCAACCAGGUAUGCGCGCUUUGUAAGGAAUGCGCCCCUGUACGGACUGUGCACCCGGGACUUCGAGCGGGACCACCGGCCCGUCAGCUGGCCGCCGGGAACCGAAUAUCAGUACGCUUACUGCAGUAACUACCGGGGCCUACUCCCACCCAUUGAGGACACCAAGAGGCGGGACUGGUCACAGUGUGAGACCCAGCGAUAUGCCCCGAAGCCACCCGAACACCCAUUAUAUAAGGUACAUGAAACACAGGACUAUCGCCUACAUAAGUUUGAUCAAACACAAGAAUAUCCACUAUAUAAGUGAUAUCAAACACAGGAAUAUCCAAUAUAUAAGUUAUAUCAAACACAGGAAUAUGCACUAUAUAAGUUAUAUCAAAUACAUAAAUGUCCAUUAUAUAAGAUGUAGUUAACAUAUGAACUUUAAAUGUGUACGUUUAAAAAAAAUUAAAUAAUCCUUCCAAUAGUGGCAAACUCUCGACACCACGUGUUUGCCUUGAGACUUACGGAAAGCGCACUUUCGCAUUUGCUGGUCCAACAAUUUGGAACGCCCUUCCUGUCGAUCUUAGAAACAACCAGACACUGGAGUCCUUUAAAACCGAUCUAAAGACACAUCUAUUCCGCAAAUACCUUCUGGGAUGAUUGUCUACCUUAUUUUCCAGUUAAUGCAUAAUGGCUGUGCUGCGUAUGGUUGAAAUGGCUAGAAAGACUUUGACAUUGUAUGUUUGUAAUUAGUUUUUGUAGUGUUGCGUUUGUUUUAAAUGUGGUAAAUUAUAGAUUUGUAUUUUGUUGACUUUGUACCGCGCUUCGAGCCUUUGGGGAUGAAGCGUGUUUUUGAAAUGAACUUUAUUAUUAUUAUUAUUAAUAUUAUAUUUGGACGCUAAUAUGUUUGACGGGCCAGGAAGACCCAAGAGGGGACGGUUUCAAGAUCAGUGGUCCCACAGAAGAGACUCGGGACCAUCGUUUCCACUGGCCAUUUUUUUUUUUGUUGGACACAUGAUCGUUCGUCUUAGUUCGUUCUUCAUUACGUGUCUUCUUUUAUACACAGAACCUCGCAGCCUGCGGUACAAAUCCGGUCCUCAAAACGUCAUGCAAUAACUCAAGCGGUCGGAAAUCUGCGGCUCUAUAACCGCAUGCCGUACUCUGCAUAAAUCAAUGCGUCUCUUUUCAUUAUGAAACAUUUAAAAUUUUAAUUAUCCAUAUUAAUCCAUUAAGAAAAAUUCCAACCCGGCAGCCGCUAAGAAAACAUUUUAUUAAGAGAUUUAAUUCACAAUAAAGUUGUCCUCGCUCAGAUAGAUGGUUGGCAACCUGCACCCGCCACCCCCCCCCCCCCCCCCCCCAUAAAUAUAAAAUGUAAAUACCAGACACAGUAAAUGAUAUCUAGCACAUCAAUUCAUUCGCUAGCCAGCGCGGCCAUUUAUUCCCAAUCCAUCACAUCCAUUCAUUAUCCACCAUAUUCCACAACAUCCAUUUAUACACUAUUCACCCUAUCCAUUCAUUCCUAUCCAGCCAAUUCAAUCAAUCAUAUCAACCACGUCCAUUUAUUGCAACAAACCAUUCUUUAUCCAAUGCAUUCGCUUAUAUCAUCCAUUCAUCCAGAAUGAAGGGGUAUGCAUUAUUUCAUUUUAAAAAUGCUUAAUUAUCCAUAUGUUCCGUGUUAUCCAACAAUUACAUAUGGUAUCCAUCCAUUACAAACUGUCAUUUAUUAAUCCAUGUAGACAUUCAACGUGUCCAUCCAUUGUAUUCCUCCCUAAACAAGCUCUACGAGCAGACCCCCCUCCCACUGCUGGACAAGCAUUACCGCGGCGCCCAGUAUUUACCCGAUGACCCCCUGGGGGUCCAGGUCCCAGAAGAGCUGACCAGAUGCCGGGAGCUGGUGGACGGUUCUCACACCAUGAUCGGCUUCAUGGAGCAUUUGGGUAACGAGUACACUCCAAACUAUCGCUACAAGGACUGGAUCGGUCGUCCACUGACAGAGGUAAGGUCGUCCACUGACAGAGGUAAGGUCGGCCACUGACAGAAGUAAGGUCGUCCACUGACAGAGGUAAGGUCGUCCACUGACAGAGGUAAGGUCGGCCACUGACAGAGGUAAGGUCGGCCACUGACAGAGGUAAGGUCGGCCACUGACAGAGGUAAGGUCGGCCACUGACAGAGGUAAGGUCGGCCACUGACAGGGGUAAGGUUGUCCAUUUAGUGAGGUAAUGUCACCCAAUUACAGGGGUAAUGUCGUCCACUGACAGAGGUAAGGUUGUCCAUUUAUUGAGGUAAUGUCAUGCAACUAAGUAAUUUUCAUUCGAUGAAAAAGUUAAUUUUACCCACUAGCAGAGGUAAUGCCAUGUAUCAGCGGCAUUGUGACCCAGUGACAGAGGUAAUGUUGAUCCAUUGACAGAGAUACAUCUGCUCCAUUGGCAUAUGCAACGUGUUCCAAUGGCAGAGGUAAUGUCAUGUUACUGAGGAAUUUUCAUUCAAAGGACAGAGUUUCCUCUCUGGCAGAAGUAAUAUUACGUCACCGAAGAGCUGUCACCCAUUGACAGAUAUAAUGUUAAAUAAUUGAUGUAAUGUUAAGUGGCUUCUGCUCAACGUGUAAAUUAUUUUUUUUUUUUUAAAGAAUCAAUCUAUCAAAGUGUGUAUCUUAAAUGUGCGCUUUGGUGAAUUGUUAACGUUUAAAAUGUGCGCAUGUUGGCAUGGCUCUCAAUGGCUCCAAGUGGACAGGAUGUGUCCAACAGUAAUGGCUUCAGUGGCUCCGAGUGGACAGGAUGUGUCCGACAGUAAUGGCUCUCAAUGGCUCCAAGUGGACAGGAUGUGUCCGAUAAUAAUGGCUCUCAGUGGCUCCAAGUGGACAGGAUGUGUCCGACAGUAAUGGCUUCAGUGGUGCCAAGUGGACAGGAUGUGUUCGAUAAUAAUGUCUAUUAAUUGACAAACGUGGCAAAUGUAACGGAAUGUAAUUCUUUCAUUUUAUAAUUAUUGAUAAAUAUUGUGGUUGUGGUGGUCGUUGGAAAGAGCAGAAUUAACACCCAAAAAUUUUUUUUUAAAAAUAUGAUCUUGAUAAGGCUGUGAUGGAACUCGGUAUGCAAGUCUUAGUGACGUCAUAUUACGAACCAUGUGAUAUGUUCGUUUAAUAGACUACGACGGUUCGUCCCUUGCAGAUUCUGUUCUUGUGCUAUUCACACGAUAAUUGUAUUUUCUGAACAACGUGCUUUCACACGAUAAUUAUAUAUUCUGUAACACGUGCUAUUCACACAAUAGGUGUAGAUUCUGUAGCUCGUGGUAUUCAUGCAAUAGUUGUAGAUUCUGUAGCUCGUGGUAUCUACACAACAAUUGUAGAUUCUGUACCACGUGCUAUUCACACAACACAUAUUGAUAAAGAUUCGUGUGUUAUUCACACAAGACUUGUAAAUGACAAGACAGUUGUGUCCUCGACAGAUCACGAGGGAACUUGAAGCCAACCACACCCUCUACUGCCACCUGCCCGCGGCCCCGACCAGCCACUGGGAUUUCUACAACGUCGUGCGCAUGCGCAGGCCAGCCAAGCAGGUGAGCACGGACCCGCUGUACCGGAGGUGCCGCGUGAUGCCCAUCCCGGCGGACACCGGCAUCCCCAACCUCCUCGAGACCGGAGAGCUCUUCCACGCCGGCCGACUCAUCAACUACGGCUUCACGGACACGCCCUUCCAGGGACACGCCAACAAAACCGCGGUCAGAAGCUAGGAAGCGCAACCGAUGC